AUGAUACACGAAUUUCCUUUUUUUCUUUGGGGAUUUUCAGAGGAACCAGAACUGCAGCCCCUCAUAUUUGGGCUUUUCCUCUCCAUGUACCUGAUCACUGUGUUUGGCAACCUGCUCAUCCUCCUGGCCGUCAGCUCUGACUCCCGCCUCCACACGCCCAUGUACUUCUUCCUGGCCAACCUGUCCUUUGUAGACAUCUGCUUCACCUGCACCACCGUCCCGAAGAUGCUCUGGAACGUCCAGACCCAGAGUAACGUCAUAACCUAUGAGGACUGCAUCACCCAGAUGUAUUUUUUCCUACUCUUCACGGGACUGGACAACUACAUCCUGACCGUGAUGGCCUAUGACCGAUUUUUGGCCAUCUGUCACCCUCUGCACUACACGGGCAUCAUGAACCCCCGGCUCUGUGGGCUGCUGGCUCUGGUGUCCUGGAUCAUGAGUGUCCUGCAUUCCUUUUCACAAAGUUUAAUGGUGCUACAGCUGUACUUCUGCACACACUCACUUUUUCUGUCAUUUAAUCAGAUGAUCCAACUUGCCUGCUCUGACACCUUUCUUAAUGACACAGUGAUGUAUUUUUUAACCGUGUUGGUGGCUGGUGGUCCCCUUGCUGGGAUCCUUUACUCUUAUUCUAAGAUUAUUUCCUCCAUACAUAGAAUCCCAUCAGCUCAGGGUAAGUAUAAAGCAUUUUCCACCUGUAUGUCUCACCUCUUGGUUGUCUCCUUACUUUAUUGUGCGGUCCUCGGAGUAUACUUUAGCUCUGCUGCUACCCAGAGUUCACGCUCAAGUGCAACAGCCUCAGUGAUCAUGCCUAUGCUGAACCCCGUCAUCUACAGCAUGAGGAACAAAGACAUAAAGGAGGCUCUGAUGAGAUCCUUCGGGAUGGCAAGUGUAAAAGGGACCAUUGUCCUGCGAGUGAAGAAGUGCCCUUGA